ACGCGAAAACCCGCGAUAUCUCAAAGUAGAGGCCUCCUCGCGCCGCCCGGGCGGCUGCGGAAGCUUCCGGUUGCCUCGGUGGUUUGCUCCCUCCCGUGCAUGUUUCAGCCGGCUUGGAGUCUGCGCGGUUCAGCAGUGGGUGGGAGCUGCCUAACUGGCUUGGCAAGGCCGAGGCGUGUAUCUGUUUCGGCCGGGUAGGAAGGAAGGGGCACGGGGCGUUUUGUUAAGCUGGUUCGGCCGUGUCUCUCCCGCUACUUCUCUUGUUUCAGUCGUGGCGGCUUUGACGGCCUUGCAAGUCAACCUUUCUUCGGCAUUCAGUCACUCUUAAAGAUCUGCUGAUUUUCCAGUCGCCCGUCUCGUUGCUCUUUUCUUUUUCCCCGGUUCCGGUUCGCCGUCUUUUUUCAGUUUACCUUAAACUCUUCUCUCGAGGUGCCCUUCUUUCCAGCCAUCUUGCAACUGCCUGUUGUCCAUUUCACCAGCUAUCUCAAUUUCUCAGUUGAGUGUGAGCGGCGCCCUUGUGGAUAUCCUGCGGACUAGCGCCUUUGCCCUGUGGCUUUCAAACUACUAACUCUUAAGCCACUUCUUGCAGCCUGGUGCCCUCCAGUUGUGUUAGACUUCAGCUCCUAUUAAAUGAGACAUGGCUGAAGAUCCUCAGAGAAAUUUCCGAUCCGUGUACUAUGAAAAAGUAGGAUUUCGUGGUGUUGAAGAAAAAAAAUCAUUAGAAAUUCUUUUGAAAGAUGAUCGGUUGGAUAUUGAGAAGCUUUGCACAUUUAGUCAAAGGUUUCCUCUCCCAUCGAUGUAUCGGAUGUUGGUAUGGAAGGUGCUUCUAGGAAUUCUCCCACCUCACCAUGACUCUCAUGCAUUUGUGAUGAAAUAUAGAAAGGAACAGUAUAGGGACGUAUACCGUGCUCUUCAAGUAAUUCGCUUUAUCACAGAUUCUACUCCACAGGUUGAAAUAUUCCUCCGGAUAUAUCAGUUGGAAUCAGGAAAGCUAACUCAAAACCCAUCUUUUCCUUUGCAAUCUGAAGAUGAGAUAUUCCUUGCUAUUGCUAAAGCAAUGGAUGAAAUGGUGGAAGAUAAUGUUGAUUGCUACUGGCUAGUCAGUAGUUUUGUGAACCAGUUAAACAAUAAGUACAAGGAGUCAUUACCGCAGCUGCCAAAACUUCUGGAACAAAUCCUCAGCCUUGAGGACACCCGGCUUAUAGCCCAUCUGAAAUUGUGUUCAGCCAUAGGCCAACUUCCUUAUAAACUUUGGUUUAAAAAGUGUUUUGCUGGAUGCCUACCUGAAUCGAGUUUACAAAGGGUUUGGGACAAGGUUAUUAGUGGUUCUUGCAAAAUCCUUGUCUUUGUUGCUGUUGAGAUCUUAUUAACCUUUAAAAUGAAGUUGAUGGCCUUGACUAGCGCUGAAAAGAUUGAACAGUUUUUGGAAAAUAUACCUCAAGAUAACACUGAUGCAAUUGUGAGCAAGGCCAUUGAACUGUGGCACAAACAUUGUGGGACCCCUGCUCAUUCAGUUUGAAAUUACCUGCAUUUCUGUUUUUGACUGUUUCCCUCUCUGAAAUAUAUAAUUAAAGUUAUUUAAAGAUUGUGGGUA